AGUACAUGCGAUUGUUCGCACUGUAGUAUUUUUUGUUUAUUAGAGACGGUGUCUUCUCUCUGAAGUCAGAAGGUUAGUGAGCGUCUGGUAUGGCAGGCUGGACUGUAAGGAUACUGCUGCUGUGUGCAGCCCUGAUGGAGCGAGGGUUGAACGCUCAGAACUGUGGAGAGGCACCUCUGAACACCAGAGUAGUGGGUGGUACAAACUCCUUGGCCGGCUCGUGGCCCUGGCAGGUCAGCAUCCACCUGCGGGGGUCUCACAUCUGUGGAGGGUCCGUCAUCAACACCGAGUGGGUUCUCACAGCAGCCCACUGCAUCUUGACAAACACACUUAGUCAAUGGACUCUCUACUUCGGAAGAGAAACUCAGGCUGGCCCGAAUCCUAACGAGGUGUCUCGCUCUGUGGUCCAGAUCAUCGUCCAUCCUAACUUCAAUAACUCGCUCUACAACAACGACAUCGCCCUGAUGAAGCUCAACAGCCCCAUUACUUUCACUAACUUUAUCAGACCUGUCUGCCUGGCAAGUAACUCCAGCCAGUUCUUCAACGCUACACUCUGCUGGGCCACCGGCUGGGGAAACCUGGCCAAGGGCCAGCCUUUGCCAGCUUCUUCGCCACUGCAGGAGGUUCAGGUUCCCAUCAUUGGAUUAAACCAGUGCACCUGCAAUUACUUGCCAAGUCCAAAUGCAAAUAUCACUGACCUGAUGAUCUGUGCCGGGCAAGAAAACAGAGGAAUAUGUCAGGGGGACUCUGGGGGACCUUUGCAAUGUAAACAAGGCUCUUCAUGGGUCCAGGCUGGUCUUGCCAGUUUCGGAGUACCUUGUGCCCUGGCAGGCUUCCCUGAGGUUUUCACCCGUGUGUCUGAAUUCCAGUCGUGGAUCCAGGAUCAAGUGACAGGAGCAAACGUUAGCUUUGUCACAUUCGCUUCUACUGGCACCGACCCGGAUAACAGCUUUGUGUGCAGAACCACAGAAACUGGAAGUUCAGAUAAGCUUGCACCUGGGCUUGCAUUUGUUGCAGUCUUAACGACAGUGUUGCUGCAUCACGUUUGACCUCCAUAGAGCUUCUCCUGUUCUGCUCUGUUUGCCUUUUGAUUAAUUUGUAAGGGUUAUGCUUAAAUAUUACACAAUGAUGAUUGUAGGUGAGUCUGGAUGAUGAAAGAAUCACCUCAUUUUAGCUUUGCCUUUGAAAAAUUGCACUGCUCUCAGUGCAAACUUUGUUAAAUCAUCUUCUCAGGAAAUAAUUAUUUUGGUAGUUAAAGGUAUUUAUUAUUAGCUGCACCACAAAGCGCUUAUUAUGCAAACAACAAAUAAUCAAAUAAUUUACUUGACUAAAUAAAAUUUAUAGAUUUAGCUAAAUAAAAAUGGUGUUACUUAGCAUUGUAUACAAUGAUGGAAGAAACAGAUUCUUCAUAGAAACAAAAGCUCUAAAUUUCACUUACUUGAAGAGCAUUUCAAUAGCAGCAUUCUGCUUGCUCUUAGUAAAUUAAAGGAGGUGUGUGAUUUUCUGUUUUUUUAUAUGUGAUCUGCUAAUAAAAAGAGUCUUUUGAGUAAAAGAAAAAAACUUGUGUUAUAUGCACCAUUGUACAGUUGCAUUUUUAACAGUGAAACUCAGUGGGAAGAUGAUUUUGGGGCCAUCAUGCAUCCAUAGACUUCAUGUGCAUCAUGUGAUAAAUGUGCAAGUUGUAGUUCUGCAGUUUGACCACAAGGUCUAAUAAGCAAAUAACCAUGGGGCACAUCAAGACAAAUCCCAGAGUAAUGAUGCAACAGUGGGCAAUAAAAUUUCUACCGAC